GACGAAGGAAGUGACAAAAGCAAGCAAAACUGUUUGUAGAAGUAUUGAGACAAAAGCCAAAUCUGUUAGUAAACAAGCAAGAAGUGAGCCUGUGAAAGAGACGAAUCUACAGCAGAAGAUAACUGAUGACAAUACGAAUCAUAUUAAUCUCGCAAUGACACUGACGUCAAUAUUCCCCAAUGAGAGUGAUGGACGUUCAUCAGAAGAGCUAUUUAACGUCCCAAUGGAACAAUCCAUGCAAUCGAAGAUAUUGAAAUGCAUUGAAAAGCUUUAUUCAGAUAAUCCGGAAUUACGAAAGAUUGCUGAGGACAUCUCAUGCGAGAUCAUAGUAAACAAAUUAAAUGUACAUUGGGAUGACGUUAUAGGCCUAGAGGAAUGUAAAACCGCUGUUAAGGAGGCCGUUGUGUAUCUCCUUAAGUAUCCUAUCGUUUUUGAUGGCCCGUUUUCCCCCGGGAAAGGUAUUUUGCUGUACGGCCCACCUGGUACAGGGAAAACGAAGUUAGCGAAGGCAGUCGCGACAGAAUGCCAUUGCACCUUUUUUAACAUAACUGCCAGCUCAUUGGUCAGCAAAUGGAGAGGCGAUUCCGAGAAGUAUAUACGUGUAAGUUGCUUUGUCUAUGUUUUAUUUGAACUUGCCUAUAGUCAUUCGCCUACAAUUAUUUUUAUCGACGAGAUUGACUGGAUCGCCACAAAUAAAGGAGACUGUAUAUUGUCUGAACCUGCAAAGAGAUUCAGAUCAGAACUUCUUUCUAGAUUGGAUGGAUUAGUGUCUAAUGAGAAUUCUAAUGUAGUUCUUCUGGCUACAACUAAUUCCCCUUGGGGCAUUGAUGCAGCUUUACUCAGGCGUCUCGAAAAGCAAAUAUACGUAUCAUUACCCAAUGAAGUUGCUCGACUUGGUAUAUUCAAAUUAUACCUUAGCAACCACUUAUUAGAAAAUACAGAUAUUGUAAACCACAUAGUAAAAUGUACUGAAAGAUAUUCUUGUGCAGAUAUAAAAUUGCUUUGUAAGCAAGCGUGGCUACUAGAAAUAAGCCCGAUAUGGAGGAGACUUGAAAAGAAAGAAACACCUGUUACCACUUUGAAAUAUGAAUUAAAAAGUUAUGAAAUAUUAGCAAAAUUGUUAAAAAAAAUGUCACCUACAGUUAUGCAAAUAGAUAAAUAUGAUACGUGGAACAAAUAAAUACGCAAUCGUAAGGACAGAUAUUGAAAAAUAUAAAUAAAUGGAUUAUCGUUCGAGAAAUCAUUCGCAUGUGUGUGCAUGUGUGUGCAUGUGUGUCAUGUGUGUGCGUGUGUGUGCGCGCACGCGCUAUAGGCUAAGUUUAAAAUGUUCGGUUGUAUUAUAUCCUUGUAUUAUAUAUGUCGGAGAUGAAAGGAAAACCGGAGCCUUCCCCUUGCAAUUUUGAGGAAGCCUUCUAAUGCUUUAGCCUAGAUUUUAUCAUAACUGUAAUUAAGCAAUUGUCAUUUGUAAUUGUUUGAUAUUUGUGAAAGCGAAAGUGGGUUCGAGGUGACAACUGGUCGCCGAACGUAGCCACGGUCACGGGAUAAACGUUUUGCCUGACGAAGGUGUGGAUCGGUUGUAUUGUUCUCCCUAGAAAUCACAUAGAAUUGUACUUUAGAGAUGUCGAUAUAAUGGGACACACGUUGUAUUAGGAAUCAAUCUCCAGACAGAAACUGCCUAGUAACGGCGUUUGAAUCUUUCUCGAUGUUUCCAAAGAGUAUACAACAAACUUUUGACAGAAAUUGCCUAGCAACAACGAUUGGAACCUUCUCGAUGUUUCCAGCGAGCAUAUAACAAACAAAUGCAGUCGUAUAGCGAAAAAGAUUUUCAUCAGAUAUUCAUUCGUGUGAUCACCUUGGAAAGUGAUACAUCGAGCAAUUUACCGAGUGUCUCAGCAAUUGUAGUUUGUGUUUAAAAUUAUUCUACACAUAGUAAAGAGUUAUCCCGUUGACCGUGGAUUCGUUUGAACCCCGGAACAUUGUUAAUAGCGUUAAUUAAAUUCAUUAUUCGUGAAACCUAUCAAUCGUUAAUCUCAUUAUACGUUAAAUUCAUUAUUCGUAAGACAUAUUAUUCGUUCCUCUUAUUGUUCGUUAAACUUAUUAAUCUUUAAUCUAAUUAUUAGUUAAACUUAUCAUUUGUUAAUCUUAUUAUUUAUUAAACUCAUUAUUCAUAAUAUUUCGUAAAAUCUUUUUUAUUCGCGUAAAUAUAUUCUGUUUCGUAAAACAAUGGCUAAUUAUUCGUUCCUCUUAUUGUUCGUUAAACUUAUUAAUCUUUAAUCUAAUUAUUAGUUAAACUUAUCGUUUGUUAAUCUUAUUAUUUAUUAAACUCAUUAUUCAUAAUAUUUUGUAAAAUCUUGUUUAUUCGCGUAAAUAUAUUCUCUGUUUCGUAAAACAGUGGCUAAUUCAAACGAAGGAUCAUUACGCGCCUUAAAUCCUAAUGAUAACCCGACAUAUAUAUGUGAGUGUAUUUUAUCAAAAAUAUGUUUUUUAUGUUUUCUUAUCUUAGUAAUUAUUUUUAAAAAAGUCUUAAAGUCUUAUAUGAAAAUAAAGCUGUUCUUUAUUUCAAAUAAUUGAAGUAAAUAAAUAUAAUGAGUUUUAUAUUUUAUUAUAUCUUAUAUUAUUGUUAUAUUGUUAUUGAAAAAAUUGAUAUAAUCAACAGUUCUUCCUGUU